CGCAGCUGCGUAAACUUGGCCAGAUCUGGUGACAUUGUACUCUGUGUGUGUGUGUGUGUGUGUGUAUGCGCGCGUACAGAGAAGCCUGGAUGGAUAUGCGGCUCACCGAGGGAAUUUGAAAAGGCAAAGGGGGGAUUACUAUCAGUCCCUCUCCUAUUAUAACCUCAAAAUGGAUGCCGACGACAGGCUGUGGAGACGCCACUGGAUUAGCCACUGUCCCGCUGAUCUGCUUGACAUCUGAGCGAGCACGAGCGUUCAAAGUUUGGGAUAAUCUAAAAAAAAAGAAAAAAGAGAGGCUGAAGGUGCAGGAGGAUGCAGUCUGGAGUGAAGACGCUCUCCGCAGGUGGAGGUGCGUCACUCUGCUGCCUGCUGCUCCUCUGGCUCAUCUACUCCCAUCUGCUCAGAGAGGGCCAGUUGGCAGUGGGAACCUGUGAGAUAGUGAUGCUCAACAGAGACAGCAGCGUUCCCAGACGGACCAUCGCCAGGCAGACGGCCCGCUGCGCCUGCCGGAGAGGCCAGAUUGCUGGGACCACCAGGGCGAGGCCGGCAUGUGUAGACGCGCGAAUCGUGCGGAGCCGUCAGUGGUGUGAGAUGGCUCCCUGCCUGGAGGGAGAGGUCUGCAGCCUCCUGUUCAACCGAUCUGGCUGGACCUGCACCAGGGGCAGCGGUCGCAUCAAGACCGUCACGCCUUUGCCCAAGGAGCCAUCGUAGGAUGCAGAGAAAACACCAAGUAUGUUCAAAGACAUCCAUGCUACAAAAGGAACUGAGGCCAGUCACUUCACCAGAACAUUGUGUCCAUUCACCAACGAGACUCCCAAACUUUACACCAGGUUUGACCUUCAGUUAAAAAAAAAAAAAAAAAAUAAUAAUAAUCCAGAGCUUCUGCGAGCUCCACAGUGAAAGACUCUCGGCAGACACUUCUGAGAACUGUGAGAAGUCUCGAGUGAGCAGCAUGGUACACCAUCGGCAUUGAAUCUUCAUCCAACAAAAUCCCUGUGAGGAACAGGGCAGUGGAAUAUUCACUGAAGAACAUUAGCGUUUUUCUUUUUGUCCU